CCAUCGGCUGCCUAUUCAUGGCCGAUGUCGCGGUGCAGAUCUACAUCGCUUGCGUGAUAUGAACUGCUCUUUGUGCACCACCGAUUCUGGCGGUAAGCUCAUGUUCAUUAAUGUUGCCCCGGAGGAUCAUGAGAUAGUUGGCCCAAUGCUUCCUGGUACGGAUUUUAUUGUCACUUGCCAUACUUGGAGGACACAAGACAUGGUGUGGGAAGAGGCGUUCGUCAUCACAUCUCAUGAAAUAUGGGGUUUCGAUGCCUCUCUCUCAUACAAUGCUCUGAUGUUUCCUCUUGUGAGUGCGGCCAAGUCAAAUGAGCUAUACUUUCUAUUGCCCGAGAAAGGGGAGCGUGCAAUUGACAAGGUUUCGGUGAUUGCUGUUGAUACUAUUACUAAGCAUGUGAAGAUUCAUCAGUACAUUGAAGGAGAGGAAGACCUCGGGGGUGAAGAUGAUGACAUGGUUAGGCGAAAGUCCCGUCUUCUCCAUCCCUUUGUUCCCACCGAGUUCCCAAAGUUUUUCUGGCCUCACCAGUUAAGGUGUGUUGAAGACUGCCAAGACGAAUUGACAAAAUCAAGCAACCAGGUCUCUGUUGGCUGUUGCUGUGUGAUGUAGGAGUGUAUUAGUAGUAAUCA